UACUUAACAAAUAUUAACUGAAAGGCUAUAAUUUGUUUCUUAACGCGUAUCAAAUGGUGACUUGGUCGUAAUACCAGGUACUGCUAUAAAGUGAUAAAUGAUCACACUAAUUGUAGACAUCUUGAUGUGCUCAGUUCGAGGAAGCAAAUAUGAAAACCAGCUUCUUGGUAUGUUUGAUUGGUGUAGUCAUCGUGCAUCCAACGGUCUCAUACAGUUAUUAUGAUCAAAACCGGCAGUAUUUCCGAAAAGACUUACAAUAUGACUCGGCUAAUAUUGCAAGAGAGGGGAACUCAGAUAAGUACAAUUUAAAUUAUAAUGCGAUGAACAUGGCUCGACAGAGAAAUUCAUAUAACCUAUAUAAAGCUCUACGAAAUAGUUUGGCUGAGAGCGAAGAUGAUUAUAACCAUUCAGCAGCCAACUAUCGAGCUAAUGACGCAGAAGAUAAAAUUGAAAAUCCUUCAAAUUCAAAUCCGAAUAACAAAUUCCCUGAAGAAAAUACUGCUGUUAAUGAAGAGCUUCCACAAAAUAAUGACCAAAAUUCAAACUAUCAAUCCCAACAAUACAAUGGGGAUCCGGCUUAUAUAGAUGAUCAUCAGGGUCAAUGCGUGGAAUGUUUGAGCGAUCAACUACUACCACCAUAUGAUCCACCUGAGGUCGUACAUACAGAAAAGCGGUUUGGUUUUCCAUACGGCGGAUUUGGUGGGUAUGGAGGUGGCGGUGGAUGGGCGGGUGCUGGCGCAGGAAUUUCUGGUGGUAUCUCGGCUGGGAUUAGCGCUGGCAUAGGAGGAGGAGUUGGUGCAGGGGCUUAUGGGGGCGGCUAUGGCUAUGGCGGGUAUGGAUUUCCUGGAUACGGAUAAUUAAAAACUAAUAAAAGCAGUCCUUUAUUAAAAUAUUAUAUAUAUAAUAAUUAUUUUAAGUAUCUUAUUUUUAAGGAAAUAUUUUAUUGUGUAAAAAUUUGCUUAGUAGAUUUUUUUUUCGUUACAUUUCGUGCUACAUGUGUAUAAUA